UGCACGCGUCUCAACUCCACGACCUUUCUCAUUGUCGAAGAUGACCAAUGGAGAGAGCAUCCCUUCAUAUAUGCCAAAAUUUAUGCUUCUGUCAUUGUCCUUGUUGACACUGGCUGUGGCGGUGCGGCAAGGGAUCCGUCUGUCGAGCUGAGGUCACUCCGCCGUUUCAUCGAGACAUACCCAGUCGAGGGCAAUGAGGGCCAGCCGCUGAACCCUGAAGGGCAGAAGGGGUAUGCCGUCGUGUGUACGCACUGUCACUAUGAUCAUAUCGGUGAGCACUCUCGCCCUUUCGCUUCUGCAUCUUGAGACACGUAAAGGUUGACCCAAUGUGUAUCAACAUCGCGCCCCCUCCCGAAAAAGGCGGUAUAGAGCAGUUCACAGACACUCCCAGAUCGUCGAUAUGGGCCAGCGCAAACGAUAAAGACUUUAUUCAAGGUGACCUGCCCAGCAACUCCCUGUGUCGCUUCGUCGGGAUGGACACGCCCAGAUACACAGUUAGACAUUGGGCGGGCGACGCGGAGACAAUGAGACAUGACGAUGGCAGCGAAUCCCAUGAUCUUGGGCUGGUCAUAUAUCACGCCCCAGGCCAUACGCCAGAUGAAGUUGCGAUAUGGGACCCCCAAGAGAGGGUUCUUUUCGUGGGCGACACAAUGUAUGAGUGGGCGCCAAUAAUCUUCCCGCCUGGCGGGGGCAACCUCCACGCCUACACGUCGACCCUGUUCAAACUGCGGGAUCUGAUCAGCAGCUGGAACGCGGCCUCCUCUGCUGAAGGAGAUAGGGUCAUGCUGGCCUGUGGACACAUUACCAGCACUGUGGACGCUGGUGAUUUCGUGGGGCAAGUCGAAGUUUUCUUCAGCAAGGUGAAGAGGGGUCUCGUCGAACCACAGGAUGGGGGAGAUGUUCGCGGGAUCCCUCUUGUCAAGUAUGAACGGGAAGACGGUAGGAUCUCGUUUCUGGGCCCCAAGAGUCUCUUUGAAGACGCACGAGUGGAUAAGUGUCAGGUCUGAAUCUUGUAACGGCUUUCACGC